CGGCGGUGCUGGCGGAGUGUCAGAGGCAGUGGCGUUCGCAGCUGCAUGGGUGGAGCACAGGGGGUGAUUGCGCCAAGGUGUAUGGGGUGCGCUGUGAUGCGGCUGGCUUCCUUGUUUCCAUGAAUGUCACUGAUUUUAUUUUUGGUGGUCCCAUUCCAGAUGCCCUUUGGAACCUCACAGCUCUCACACUGCUUGACCUUUCUUUCAACAAGCUCAAUGGCUCCAUUCCAGCAUCCCUGUCUCGCCUUUCCCGCUUACAAGAGCUGAUUCUCACCCAGAAUUUAUUCGUGGGAUCGAUUCCGUCGUCCAUACUUUCACUCACCAAACUUGGCAAGUUGUGA